GGAAAUAUUACAUUAGUCAUCAGUACGUGACAGAGGAAGAGUCCCACACCCGGUCAGUGAGAAGCGACGUCAGAUCCUCAUGCUACGGCGUUGACGUCAGAUGCGCAGAAAGCGAAUUGAUUUAGUGGAGAUCGCAGUCGACGACGGUUCAGCGGCAUCGCACCUACGGAGAUGGAUUCAAAGCACGAGUUAAAAUGCAGUCCGGUUUAUGUGCACAACCCACACCUGGAUGCACUAAAAGAGGACUUCCUCUACCACUUCAAUCUGGGAACAGGAACUCAUGACCUACCAGCUAUGUUUGGUGACGUCAAAUUUGUGUGUGUUGGCGGCAGUCCCUGGAGAAUGAAAGUGUUCGCCGAGUACAUUGCCACUGAGCUCUGUAUGGAAGACCCCAAAUCUGAGUACCCAAACAUCUGUGCUGGAACAGACCGCUAUGCCAUGUACAAAGUUGGCCCUGUGCUCUCUGUCAGUCAUGGAAUUGGAAUUCCCUCUAUAGCCGUAAUGCUGCAUGAGCUAAUAAAGCUCAUCCAUCAUGCACAUUGCACGGAUGUCACAAUUAUGCGCAUCGGGACAUCAGGUGGAAUAGGAGUUGAGCCUGGCACCGUCGUUGUUACCAAACAAGCAGUGGACGGCACCUUCCAGCCCAGGUUUGAACAGGUGAUCCUGGGGAAGACUGUGGUGCGUGACAUUGAUCUGGACCAAAGUCUGGCCAAGGAGCUGUUGAAGUGCAGCAAAGAGCUGAACCAGUUUGAGACUGUGAUUGGCAACACCAUGUGCACCAUGGAUUUCUAUGAAGGCCAAGCUCGUUUGGAUGGUGCUUUCUGCUUCUACACUGAGAAGGAUAAACAGGACUAUCUCAUGAAAGCCAGCAAAGCAGGAGUCUGCAAUAUUGAAAUGGAGUCAACCGUUUUUGCUGCCAUGUGCAAGCUGAGUGGUCUGCGUGCCGCCGUGGUGUGUGUGGCGUUGCUGGAUCGUCUGAAGGGGGAUCAGAUCAGCUGCUCUCAUGAAGUUCUUCAAGGCUACGAGCAGCGUGUCCAGAAACUGGUUGGGUACUACAUCAAACAGCAGCUGAAGGCCAAAGCAGGGAGCGCCUAAGUGACUGGUUUGCAAGCAUAUGUCACAAUCUUCUCUUGAUACUGAAAACUUUGCAAUGCAAUAACUGAGCUUUAAAUUUUUAUUCUAUACUUCUAUAUUUUUAUCGAUUUUAUAUUUCCUUUGGGAACAUUAAACUGAAAUUUUAAUGAAAAAAAGAAUACUGUGCUCAUCAAUGUAGUUCAACAUAUGAAGUUCCUUAUCUGUAAAACUUCAACCAAAAACGCAUAUUGAAAUCAUCUUUGAUGAAUGAAUGAUGAUGACGUGACUAUGACGCAGCUACGUUUUUGUGCUUGACCUGGUAUUGGUUUUAAAACUCUGCAAAUCUUUGUAGUAUUUUCGAUGUAAAUUGAUUUUUACAUUUUCAUCUUCUGUAAUGUUUGUUGAGGUUUCAAUCAGAACCUAAAAACAAAUUGACAUUCAUUUUGAGAGAAUAGGAAAUUCCACUGGAUGUCUUAUUUUCAAUAAAGCUUCAUAUACUCUAAA